GCAUCUCGAAUGGUUGACGUCACCAUGGACGUUGAAGCUGCUGAUUGUUCAACGGGGGUAGAUGUACAUGUAUCUCCAUUUAUCAAUCCGACAAGAUGCCGGUAACGCUGUUGUUCGUACAUGGUGGUGGAUUUUGCAAGAACUGCUGGGACCCAAUUGUGCGACGACUAAAGACUGCGCCGUUGCUUGCCGGCGCCGAGUUUGUGACGUUCGAUUUCAAGUGGCACGGCGAGAACUACGACCACUCGGUAGCGGCCCAGGUGGAUCGCAGUAACCCAGACAAGCCCCGAGUGGAUCAUCCAGCCAGAGACAUCACGACGUGGGCGCCGCAGCAAGUUUGGAAGCAGGUGCAGCAGAUUCGAGCGGAUCAACGUGCUAGAGGUCAGAGUGACAAGACGCCGCUGAUUGGUGUCGGCCAUUCCAUGGGCGCUAUGGCGCUCUGGAAGACGGAGGUCACACACCCUGGCACGUUUGCCAGUCUCAGUCUGUUUGAACCUGGUUAUGGCGUCCGCACACCGGAGAACGACUAUACUGUCGACUUCCUCGUGGCGCUAACACUGCAGCGCGAAGCCAAAUGGCCGAGUCGAGCUGCUGCAGAGGAGCAUUUCUAUAACUUGAAGAACUUUGCUCGUUGGGAUCGUGAGGCGCUCGCCGGGUAUCUUCGUGGCGGUUUAAUCGACCAAGCGGACGGCUCUGUCAUAUUGGCUUGUCAUCCGUUGAUUGAAGCCUCACUUUACUGCCACACGCCAAUGCAUCUCAACGACGAACUGCAACAACGUCCUCGCUGUCGCAUCACUUUCCACGGAGGAGGCAGGUCUAAGAUCCACAACGCGAAAACAUUCGGAGAAAUGGCGAAGAAGUACCCAAGUAUCUAUCGAACCGGACCGCUGAUGCCAGGACUUUCACAUGCUUUGGUGAUGGAGGACCCUGCGCAAUGUACGCAUGCAGUUGUGAAGGAUCUGGAGGAGCUCUACCCAACUGGACCAACACAGCCGCAAUCACGCAUGUAGGAACGCUUAACGAUGUUUGUAUGAUGCGUAGAUAGCAAGAAACAAAUCAAGACUAUGAACACUGUAUUUACAUGC